UUUACAAAUGUUUGUGUGAAACUAAACUACAAAAAAUGGGUAUGGUCGAGUUGAUCGGCCUGGUGCUGUUAUUGGGGGUUUUAUGUGCAGAAUCCAAGUACAUGGUUUAUAACACUUCAGCAGGAAUAGAUGCUGGGAAAAUCAAUGUUCAUUUGGUUCCUCACACCCAUGACGAUGUCGGUUGGUUAAAAACCGUUGAUCAAUAUUAUGUUGGCUCUAACAAUUCCAUCCAGGGGGCUUGUGUGCAGAAUGUGUUGGAUUCUCUAGUGCCGGCACUGUUGGCUGACAAAAACCGGAAAUUCAUUUAUGUUGAGCAGGCAUUUUUUCAGCGGUGGUGGAGAGAUCAGAGUGAGCAAACUCAGAGUAUAGUCAAGAAACUUGUCAGCUCGGGUCAACUGGAGUUCAUAAAUGGGGGCAUGUGCAUGCAUGAUGAGGCAGUACCACAUUAUAUAGAUAUGAUUGAUCAAACAACUCUUGGACAUCGGUUCCUUAAAGAGGAGUUUGGUAUCACUCCAAGAAUUGGAUGGCAAAUUGAUCCUUUUGGACAUUCUGCAGUACAGGCUUACUUAUUGGGCGCAGAUGUUGGGUUCGACUCAUUUUUCUUUGGCCGCAUAGACUACCAAGACAGGAUUAAGCGAAAAAAAGAGAAGAGUCUCGAAGUUAUUUGGCGGGGUUCUAAGAGCCUGGGCUCAUCUGCUCAGAUUUUUGCUGGAGCAUUCCCUGAAAAUUAUGAACCUCCAUCAGGUUUCUACUUUGAAGUUAAUGCUGAUUCCCCUGUUGUUCAAGAUAAUGUCGAUCUGUUUGAUUACAAUGUCCAAGACAGAGUUAAUGACUUUGUUGCGGCUGCUAUAGCACAGGCAAACAUAACCAGAACAAACCACAUAAUGUGGACCAUGGGUACAGAUUUUAAGUAUCAGUAUGCACAUACUUGGUUCCGGAACUUGGACAAGCUUAUUCAUUAUGUGAAUAAGGAUGGACGUGUCAAUGCUCUCUACUCCACUCCUUCCAUGUAUACUGACGCUAAAUAUGCUACAAGUAAAUCUUGGCCGCUCAAAAUUGAUGACUACUUUCCUUAUGCAGAUCGUGUGAAUGCUUACUGGACAGGAUACUUUACAAGUAGACCAGCUUUAAAAUUCUAUGUUAGAAUAAUGAGUGGCUACUAUCUGGCAGCAAGGCAACUUGAAUUUUUCAAAGGGAGGAAUAAUUCACGGCAAAAUACGGACUCAUUGGCAGAUGCUUUGGCUAUUGCUCAACAUCAUGAUGCUGUUACAGGUACUGAGAAGCAGCACGUGGCCUAUGAUUAUGCAAAAAGGCUAUCAAUAGGCUACAAAGAGGCUGAGAGCGUUGUUGCAUCAUCACUUGCUUGCUUAACUGAUUCGAAGUCAUCCAUGGGAUGUGGGGACUCAACCACCAAUUUUCAGCAGUGCCCACUUCUGAAUAUAACUUACUGCCCUGCAUCAGAGACUGACCUGUCUCAUGGAAAGAACUUGAUUGUUGUGAUCUACAAUUCUUUGGGAUGGAAAAGAGAGGAUGUAGUACGUUUUCCUGUUGUUAAUGAAGAUGUUAUUGUUCGUGAUUCUGAGGGAAGAAAAAUUGAAUCACAGCUUGUUCCAAUAGUUGAUGCCUAUGUGGAUCUAAGGAACUAUUAUGCUAGGGCAUAUUUAGGUAGCAACCCAAAUGCUGUACCUAAUUAUUGGCUUGCAUUCACAGUCUCUGUGCCACCUCUUGGCUUCAGCACUUACACCAUCUCUAUUUCUAAACAGACAGGAGCUGGAUCAACCAAAUCAUCUAUAUACAAAUUUCAGAUGGGUGAAAAACCAGCCAUUGAAGUUGGUGAAGGGAAUUUAAAGCUUACUAUUUCAGCACCACCAGGGAAGAUCAUAAAUUAUGUCAACAAGAGAAACUUGGUGGGUAAUACCACAUAAAUAUUGCGUAUAUGAUGCUUUAUUUUCCUUCAAGCAUUUCUUUAUGUUGUCGUAUUUUCGACUCUGAUUACAUAUGAAAAUAUGAUGCUUUUUCAAUUGUUACAUCAGUAUUUCUGUUUCUGUAUGGUGCUUCCUUUUGUGCAAUGGGAGGGAGUGAGAGAUAC